AUGACCGCGAAGAAAGCUGUUUUGCAACUAAGUGUUCACGAGGAAAGAAUCAGGAAGAAAGUGUUUGUGACCGUUUCUCGAUUUGCAGGCGUUACUUCAAUAACAAUGGAUGACAAAACCGGGAAAAUGACGGUCGUUGGAGAAGUUGAUGUAUCGGUUCUUGUGAUAAAGCUAAGGAAGAUAUGUAACGCAGAGAUUGUUUCUGUCGAAGUUGUUAAACCACCGGAGAAAAAGCCUGAACCGGAGAAAAAGCCUGAUCCUAAACCGGCUGAAAUUGUUGCAUUUCCGGUUACGCAUAUGAACUACCCCUACCAACACCAUCCUUCCUAUGCAACUUCUUACUAUCAACCAUAUGCGAAUUCUAGAGUUAUGGUGGACGAACCAAAUACUUGUGUGAUUAUGUGA